CCAUGCAUUCUUUAUCUUCGCCAGCUAGGAUGAUGGCUCUGGCUUUGCCAGCCAUCGUCCUCGCUGCUAUUGGACCGGACUGUGUCAAUGGGCCUCUGGCGGAUAACAAGAUUUGCGAUGUGACCGCAACGCCUUUGGAGCGCGCGACUGCGCUCGUUGGAGCUAUGGAAGCUGAGGAGAAAUUGGGACAAUUGGUCAGCAAAUCGAAGGGCGUUUCUCGAAUUGGACUUCCGCCUUACAACUGGUGGGGUGAAGCUCUUCACGGUGUCGCCGGCGCCCCCGGGAUCAAUUUCACGGGCGACUACAAGAUCGCGACCUCGUUCCCCAUGCCCGUCCUCAUGGCAGCAGCCUUCGACGAUGAUCUGAUCCAAGAGAUAGCGACAAUCAUCUCUAUCGAAGCACGCGCUUUCGGCAAUGGCGGCGUAGCCCCAUUGGACUUCUGGACUCCCAACGUGAACACGUUCAAAGAUCCUCGAUGGGGCCGUGGGUCCGAGACACCCGGUGAAGACGUGUUGAGAGUGAAGCGCUACGCCGCGUCGGUUAUCGCGGGUCUUGAGGGAGACGAUGAGAAGGAGCGUCGUGUUAUUGCGACGUGCAAGCAUUACGCUGGUAACGACCUUGAGAACUGGAAUGGUGUUACCAGACACGACUUUGAUGCCAUCAUCAGCCAGCAAGAUUUGGCCGAGUACUACCUUCAGCCUUUCCAGACAUGCGCGAGAGAUUCUAGGGUCGGUUCGUUCAUGUGUUCGUAUAACGCCGUCAACGGUGUUCCUGCAUGCGCAAACGAGUUCCUCAUGGGCACAAUCCUGCGCGAACACUGGAAGUGGCAGGAGAAUAACUACAUCACGAGCGACUGUGAGGCUGUGCUCGAUAUCUCCGCCAACCACAAGUACGUGGCGACAAAUGCUGAAGGCACCGGUUUGGCGUUCAACUCCGGAAUGGACUCUAGUUGCGAGUACGAAGGGUCAUCAGACAUCCCUGGGGCUUGGAGUGGCGGAUACCUCAACGAGACUAUCGUGGAUAGGGCUUUGACACGCAUCUACCGCGGACUCGUAACCUCCGGGUACUUCGAUGGUGAAUCUGCCAAAUACGCCAGUUUGGGUCCAUCCGACAUCAACACCAAACCUGCGCAAGAGCUCGCACGACGAGCGGCAGCCGAGAGUCUUGUCCUGCUCAAGAACGAAGAAAAUGCUCUCCCAUUCACGCUCACCAACGGCACGAAGGUGGCCAUGAUCGGCUUCUGGGCUGGCGACCAGAAGAAACUUCAAGGUGGAUACAGCGGCCCUGCGCCAUUCUUGCACUCACCCGCCUGGGCAGCACAGCAGCUUGGUAUCUCCGUCAAGAACGUAACUGGUCCCAUCUCCCAAAGCAACUCGGCGCCCGAUACCUGGACCGAAAACGCGCUCGCCGCCGCCGAAGACGCAGAGUACAUUCUGUACUUCGGUGGACAAGAUACCUCUGCAGCUGCUGAGGGACUAGACAGGCAAACUCUCGCAUGGCCUGCCGCGCAAUUAACCCUCAUCAACAAACUCGCAGAUCUCGGAAAGCCACUUGCUGUGAUCCAAAUGGGCGACAUGCUCGACAACACACCCCUCCUCACCAACACGGGCGUGAACUCAAUCCUCUGGGCCAGCUGGCCCGGUCAAGACGGCGGCCCAGCUGUCCUGGACAUUGUAUCUGGCGCCAAAGCCCCCGCUGGCCGUCUCCCCCUCACCCAAUACCCCGUCAACUACACCGACGCCGUUCCAAUGACCGAUAUGAAUCUCCGUCCCAGCGAUACAAACCCUGGACGAACAUACAGAUGGUACGCCGACGCCGUCCAGACAUUUGGGUUCGGACUGCACUACACAAAUUUCAAGGUCGCAGCGGGCGCAUCGAACUCGUCCUCUUCCAAUUCCUCCGCCACCUGGAACAUCCAAGAGCUCGUUGAUUCCUGCUCAAACGAAUUCCUCGAUACUUGCGCUCUUCCACCACUGUCUCUCUCCAUUACCAAUGCCGGAAACCGCACGUCUGACUUCGUUGCGCUGGCGUUCGUCAAGAGCGAGAACGGGCCGAAACCGUAUCCGCUGAAGACACUUUCUGCGUACGCUCGUGUGCAUGAUGUUGCGGGAGGUAGCACCAAAGCUGUGGGAUUGGAGUGGACGCUCGGAAACAUCGCGAGACAUGAUGAAAGUGGGAACACGGUUUUGUACCCGGGAAGUUACGAGGUGGAGCUUGAUGAGCCGGUCCAGGCAACGUGGGGCUUCGAGUUGACGGGCGAAGAGGCGGUGUUGGAUAAGUGGCCGACGCCUCCUUCGUAG